UGAUGAAGAUGAAGAUGAAAAUGGUCUUCACCUUCUUCAUAUUUAUCAUUUCCAUCCACAAUAAUCUUUCAGCCGCUGUUGAUACCUUAGCUACGAACCAAACGUUGUCAGAUGACGGCGGAACAAUGCUCGUCUCCGCUAGUCAAACGUUUGUCCUAGGAUUCUUCAGUCCGUGGAGCUCAAGAAACCGGUACCUCGGAAUUUGGGUCAGAAAUGAGCCUGAACGGACAGUGGUCUGGGUGGCUAACAACAAUAACCCAAUUUCGGAUUUUUCUGGUGUCCUCAGGCUCACACCCACCGGAGAUUUAAUCAUCAGCAGUACGAAGAACCACCAAGUAGCAAAUAUAGUUUGGCUGUCAAAUUCAUCUGCCUUAUUUGGUAAAUGGCUGUUAGUUGAUUGGAUUAGAAGGUUCGCCAUCUGGAAUCAAGAAUCCUGUCCUGCAGCUCCUGGACAACGGUAACCUGGUGGUGAAGAAUGGGAUUAGGGAUAGCGGAUUUGUCUGGCAAAGCUUUGAUUAUCCAGGCGAUACAUUGCUUGCAGGGAUGAAGAUUGGGUGGAACCUGAA